CAAAUAGUAUCAGAAUGAGGACUUUAAUCUUAGUUUGUUUGGCAAGCUUAAUGGCUGUAGCCAUGGCCCGUCCUCGAGAUACUUACACUGAUCGUUUCGACAACAUUAAUUUGGAAGAAAUUCUUGAGAAUAGACGUCUUCUAGUGCCUUACAUCAAAUGUAUUCUUGACCAAGGAAAAUGCUCUCCUGAAGGAAAGGAACUUAAAUCGCAUAUAAAAGAGGCUUUAUCAAACGACUGCGCCAAAUGUACAGACAAGCAGAAAAGUGGCACGAAAAAAGUUCUCACACAUAUUAUUAAUAAUGAAAAAGACUACUGGAAUGAACUCAAAGCCAAAUACGAUCCGGAAGAUAACUUUUCAAGUAAAUAUGAGAAAGAAUACACUGCAGCAUAAUGACUUGGCCUCGGUAUAAAAAGAUAUGAAACAGUGCAAAAUGGUUACA